CACCCCUUUGAAUUGUUAUUAUCAAUGCCAUUAUUCUUCCCUGCUGCAAAGGUAAAAUGGCCAAUUGGGGGUACACAUUGAAUACGACUACAAACAGAGCUAAUAAAAAGUUGUCACCUCUGGGAGUUGGGUUCAUCUAACUCUGUUCGGAAAUCGCUGGCUUUAAGUUCAAGUAUUGUUACUAUUUUGUAGUUUCUGGUUCUUGUGCUUGAUGUAACUUCGGAAUUUUUGCUGAUUAUCUUAAGAAAAAGAAGAAGAGGGUUUGUUCAUCUAAAAUCAAAUCAACUAGAGUACCUGGUCCGCUAUGAUAGUAGUACAAAGCUGAGCUUUCAGACUUGAAAUAAGUUUCUGACAUAGAAAAAAGCUGGUCUCUUUUUACUCAAAAACUGACAUCGGCCACGUGACGGACUUCCUUUACUUGUUUCCAUGUUUUUCUUCUAAACAGAACACUAUUAGUCCCUCUUCUCUUUGUAUUCUACUUCUUUUCUUCUUUCUUCUUCUUCAGCUGCAAUUUUUUUUGUAGUUUCUGUAGGGGUUUCACUCCUUUAGAUCCUUGUUGCAGACUCAAUAUUUUGCAGGAAUGGGUUUUAUUUCAAGGAAGGUUCUUCCAGUAUGUUCAAAUAUGUGUAUUUGCUGUCCUGCUUUGAGGUCUAGAUCCCGGCAACCUGUCAAGCGUUACAAGAAACUACUGGCUGAGAUCUUCCCUAAAUCUCUUGAUGGUCCUCCCAAUGAAAGGAAAAUUGUGAAAUUAUGUGAAUAUGCUGCCAAGAACCCAGUUCGCAUUCCGAAGAUUGUCAAAUACCUUGAACAAAGGAUCUUCAAAGAAUUGCGUAAUGAGCACAUUAAAGUUAUUAAUAUUAUUAUGGAAGCCUAUAACAAAUUGUUGAGCAUAUGCAAGGGGCAAAUGGUUUAUUUUGCUGGCAGUAUAUUGAAUGUCGUUUCUGAACUUCUGGAUGAUACAAAGAAAGACACUGUUCGGGUUCUUGGAUGCCACACCUUAACCGCAUUCAUUCAUAGCCAGGUUGACAACACAUAUAAUCAUAACAUUGAGAGUUUUGUUCAUAAAAUAUGCACGUUGGCACGCGAGACUGGAGAAGAGCAUGAAAAAAUCUGCUUGAGAGCGUCAAGCUUGCAAUGCCUUUCUGCAAUGGUGUGGCAUAUGGCACAAUUUUCACAUGUUUUUGCUAAUUUUGAUGAGAUUGUGCACGUCACAUUGGAUAACUACAAAGCAGAUAGAAAUGUUGAAGAUGAUGGAAGAGGAGAGUCAAAUCAUAACUGGGUUGAUGAAGUAGUAAGAUGUGAAGGAAGAGCUGGUGCAGGUGUUUCUACUAGUGUUAGCCCUAGCCACAUGACCACGAGGCCCCGUCCAGAAAAGAAAGAUAGUUCUCUCUUGUCAAGGGAGGAAACUGAGACACCAGCAGUAUGGACUCAAAUAUGUAUCCAGAAAAUGGUGGAAUUAGCCAAGGAAAGUACAACGAUGCGUCGAGUAUUGGAACCAAUGUUUAUCUACUUCGAUACUAGAAAACAUUGGGAACCACAGCAUGGCUUGGCGAUGGUUGUUUUGUCUGACAUGGCUUACUUUGUGGAAAACUCAGGAAAUCAACAACUAAUUUUAGCUGCUAUCAUUCGCCAUCUAGACCACAAAAAUGUGGCAUAUGAUCCCCAAACUAAAUCUAAUAUGAUUCAGAUCGCUACCGCCUUGGCUCAGCAAUUAAGAGCACAAGCUAUAGUCCCUGACAUUGGAAUAGUCAGUGAUAUGUGUAGGCAUUUGAAGAAGAGUCUUCAGGCGUCGGUUGAUUUUGGCGGACAACAAAAGCCAAACACUAGUACUUCACUUCAGAGUGCUAUAGAAGAUUGCUUACUAGAAAUUGCUAGAGGAAUUGAUGAUGCUCGACCACUAUUUGACUUGAUGGCGAUUACAUUGGAGGAUCUUCCACCAAUGGGAGUUGUUGGAAGAGCAACCAUUGGAUCAAUGCUGAUUCUAGCUCACAUUAUAUCUUUAGCAUCAGUUCCUUCUUAUUCUCAAAAGAUUUUCCCUGAAGCACUUCUUGUCCAACUUCUGAGAACCAUGAUGCAUCCCGAUGCUGAAGCACGUAUUGGAGCACACCAAAUUUUUUCGGCUAUUCUAAUACCAUCCUCUAGAUCUGAACUCUCCAUGUUGCAUUCGGGGUCUCAAUUUGAAGCAAGGAGGUGGCAAUGCAAAACUGCAUCAGCAUUCGCCUCGGCUACUGCUCUGCUCGAAAAGCUCCGCAAAGAAAAGGACGGUGAAAAAGUAGAUAAGCAUGAGAAUGGCAGCCCUGAUGAUUUCAGGGGAAGUGAAACCAUUGAAGAGGAAUGGAAGCAGGGUUGGAUUCAUAAAAAGUUGCCCAACCUUUUCAAAUUAAAUUCUUCCAUAAUUGAAAAAACAACUGGGCCGAACGUCUCGCUGGAUGCAGAACCAAAUACUAUACAACUGAGUGAAGAUCAAACAGUUCAGUUGCUUUCGGCCUUUUGGAUGCAAGCCAGUCUUUCAGAUAAUUUGCCAUCCAAUUUUGAAGCUAUAGCCCGUUCUUUCAGCUUAACACUUAUUUCUUCUCGCCCUAAGAACUCAAUUGACAACAUUGUCAUCCGCUUCUUCCAGCUUCCACUUUCUCUGAAGAGAAUAUCUCUUGAUCCUAAUUACGACAUGUUACCCCCUUCGUGCCAAAGGUUGCUUUUUACAUUAGCAACAUCUAUGCUAAUGUUUGCAGCAAAGAUAUAUCAAGUACCGAACCUAGAUAACUUUCUUACUUCAGUGGCCUGUAUCAGUGAUGAUCGAUAUCUGAGCAUUGGUGAUGACCUGCAACUGUGCGUAAAACCUCAAGCAGACUUAAAAGAGUUCGGAUCCACGACAGAUCAUGAAGCUGCAUCACAUGCACUAUUUGAGUUAAGGGAAGCCCUGCAGGAAGCAGACAAGGUUAUACUAAAGAUUUUGGUGGAGAACUUAUCUUGUUUGACCAAGCUUGAUACGGAUGACUUGGCCACACAGUUGUCUGAAGUUUUCACUCCUGAUGAUGCCUUUUUGUUUGGCCCUCAGUCGAUUCUCGACUUUGACCACCUUCAAAUGGCAUCCCUUGCUAAGGAAUCACUUUCUUUUGAUGAGGAAUUUCAAGCAAACUCUACCGUGGACAAUGAUGCAGCUACUGAAUCAUCAGUGCAUAAUUACUCCAGCACUAUGCCUAGAACGCCUAAUAACUCGUCCUUGCCUCAUAUCAUAAGUGCCGGGCAGUUAAUCGAGUCGGCAUUUGAGGUAGCUGGUCAGGUGGCUGGUUCAUCCAUAUCAACCUCACCUCUCCCAUACAGUGCAAUGGCUAGACAGUGUGAGGCCCUAGGUACAUGUACAAGAAAGAAGCUGUCAAGCUGGUUGGCUCAUGAGACAACACCAGAGUCAAAUUCACUUGAUAAUUUGUCCCUUACUUUACAUGGGGAUAGUAGGUCCGCACUGCAGAAGGUAACCAACAAUAUUGGGUCAUGGGAAAGCAUCAUAGGAUCAUCAAGCACAGAACAACAACCAUGGUCAGCUAUGAAGCUGCCCCCUGCUAGUCCAUUUGACAACUUCAUGAAAGCAGCUAGGUUCUAGAUUAGAGAAAGAGAGAGAUAUGUUCAUCAUCAUUGUAUUAUAACAGCUUGUAAAGCCCCGAGUGGUUAACUAGUUAUCAUUAUAUAUUCCUACCUAUGUAUGUUUCCAUUUAGCAGGAUCAAGUACUUAACCGACAUUUACCUUCUCUACUUGUAUUUUCUGCAAUUUAUGUUCCUUGAAUAACAAUGCAAAUCAGUUAUAGAGCAAAACAAAAAGAGAAAGAUUUGAG